ACGAUUUUCUGACUGGGUUCGACUGACUGUGACAGAGAGAGGUAUAUAAUGCCCGGUGGACGGCAGCCCCGGACCAGUGUUCUACAAGCGAAGCAUCAUGAGGGUAAACCUGCUGUUAGUGGUUUUGUUGGGCCUCUUGGCAUUGUCCUACGGAUUCAAGAUUGAGCGAAGAGGAAACAGAGGAAAAGGAAAAGGUGAUGGUGAAGGACGGGGUCCACCAGAGGACGGCGGGCGAGGCCCACCUGACGGAGAUGAUGACUUUGAUAAUGGUGACUUUGAUGAUGAUAAUGAUGAUGAUGAUGACUUUGAUGAUGCGGACAAAGAUAAGAGACGUGACCUACCCAGGCUGAUUGUGGGGGUUAUUGCCAAGAGAAUCCAAAUGCAGUUGGAAAACUGUGAUUUGUCAGAAUUUGACAGUCAACCAACAACAAUUAAAGGUGCUAUCCAGGCUAUGGCGGAACUUUUGCUCAUGGACUGCGGAGCAGGACCCACCGGAUCCCCUCCCACCGGAUCUCCUCCCACCGAUUCCCCUGUCACCGGGCCCACUGGUAACCCCCCUGCGUCCACAGAUGGCACCCUUCCUGCGCGUGAGCUGGAGGACAAAGUAGUCCGUGAACUGCUGAACUUCAUUGAGAAGAACCGACAUUAAGUGGCGCCCUCUCACCGCCGUGCUACCACACUCCCCCCUCUCAGUCUAAAAUGAUCUUAAAAUUAAUGUAUCGUUAUUGAAAUAAAACUUGAUUCCUUUUUGAUAA